GGUGACCGAGAGGCGGCUGGGAGGGGGAGACCCACUGUUCCCUGAGCCGCGCCGGGCGUCCUCCCCUUCCUCCGGCGGCAUGGGCUGCGCUGGGCUACUGUGGGUGCUGCUGCUGCUUGUCUGCCUGGGCAUGGAGCCGGCGAGCGGGGGUGGAAAGAAGUCUUACAAUGGGCCAUGUGGGGGCCGUGACUGCAGCACUGGAUGCAAAUGUUUUCCAGAGAAGGGCACAAGGGGUCGACCAGGACCGAUUGGGAUUCAAGGACCGAUAGGCGCUCCUGGAUUUACUGGCCCAGAAGGUUUACCAGGAGCAAAAGGUGAGAGAGGAGCAGUGGGCCCCCCUGGACCACCUGGACACAAAGGCAUCAAGGGCUCAAUGGGAGUUCCAGGAUUUCAAGGAAUCAACGGGAUCCCAGGUCACCCUGGCCAGUCUGGACCCAGAGGUCUGCCUGGCCUUGAUGGCUGCAAUGGUACCAUUGGGAGUCCUGGUGUUUCUGGAACAGAUGGAUUUCCUGGCAUUCCUGGGCUGCCGGGUCGUCCUGGCCCAAAAGGUCUUAAAGGAGAACCUGUUUUUGCUCAAGGCAGCCUUAAAGGAAUGAAGGGAGAAAAUGGUCUUCCUGGAUUGGAUGGAAUUUCUGGCCCGAAAGGUUUUCCAGGUCCAACAGGUUCUGCAGGCCCUAUAGGAUUACCAGGUUUGCAAGGUCCGGUGGGUCCCCCCGGGCCACCAGGUCCAAAAGGUAAUAUGGGAUUAGGCUUUCAAGGAGAGAAAGGAGAAAAGGGCGACGUAGGACUGCCUGGCCCUCCAGGUCCCCCACCAUCCACUGGAAUACUAGAAUUCAUGGGAUUCCCCAAAGGGAAGCAAGGAGAAAAGGGUGAGCCAGGCCUUCAAGGGUUGCCUGGAGAAAAAGGAUUGCCUGGCCUGCCGGGCUUUGGAGGUGUUGGAGAAAAAGGAGAAAAAGGUGUGCCUGGCUUGCCAGGUGGCAGGGGUCUUCUGGGACUGGAUGGAUCUGAUGGGAUUCCAGGGAGAAAGGGUCAUCCAGGUAUUCCAGGCUAUCCAGGACUGGAUGGAGUUGAAGGCACAAAGGGUGAAUUAGGUGACAUCGGUCCCCCAGGCCCUCCUAUCGUUGUUGACAGGGAAGGUGUAGUCAUUUCAGGUGCCCCAGGUGACCCUGGAAACCCAGGAAUACCUGGUCCUCCGGGAGAUGAAGGGGGCAGUGGUUUACCAGGCCUUCCGGGAGCUCCAGGGUUCCCAGGCCUGGAGAGAGAUGGAAUGGGCACUGGAGGGUCUCCAGGGAUUCCAGGUUUGAAGGGUGAAAUGGGAGAACCAGGAAGAGCAACGAUUGGAUUACCAGGCAGUCCUGGUAGAGAUGGUUUACCAGGUCUGCCAGGAGCACCAGGAUUGCCUGGCUCAUCACGCCCUUCAUUCCUCCCGGGCGCAAUUCUGGAUGGAAGGACUGGGGCCCCCGGGGAGCCUGGACAGAGAGGGCUUCCAGGAGCUUUGGGUCCAAAGGGUUACAAAGGAGAGGCAGGUGAUUGUGCUUGUGAUGGAGGAGUUACGAGACCUGGUGUAAAAGGCAUCUCAGGUCCACAAGGUCCAACAGGAAUCCCUGGCGUGCCUGGGAUCAAGGGCGUUAGUGGAGACCCAGGCACUGUGGGCGCACCAGGACUGCGAGGCCCUCUGGCUUCAGCUGGCCAGCAAGGUCUUCCAGGCCUUAAGGGAGAAAAAGGAGAUUCAUCGUAUGCAACAGGCAGAGGUGCUCGUGGGGACCGUGGUGCGACGGCGCCCAGAGGACCUUCAGGCAUCCCAGGAACUCCUGGUAGAGAUGGACUUCCAGGUUUACCAGGCCCGCCAGGCCCUCCGGGGGAUGGUGCGCUGGGAUUCCCAGGUGAAAAAGGACUGCCAGGAUUACCUGGCACCAAGGGCCAUCACGGAGAGACUGGUUCUCCUGGCGUUGGAUAUCCAGGUCCUAGUGGAGUUCGUGGGCCGCCAGGUGACCCAGGGCUGGAUGGCCUUCCAGGACAAGCAGGUUUUCCAGGACCCCCAGGUAUCACCUUGCCCUGCAUUGUCCCUGGAGCGUAUGGGCCCCCUGGGAUUCCCGGCUUCCCAGGAUUGCCAGGUCCCAAAGGCAGCAAAGGCUUUCCUGGCAUUCCAGGGCAACCUGGAUUACAUGGGUCAAAAGGACAGCCAGGGUCUCCAGGAAUAAUUGGCUUGCAAGGGGAACCUGGCUUCUCUGGACCUCGAGGAGAGCAAGGGUCCCAAGGACUUCCAGGACUGGAUGGGACAGAUGGUUUGCCUGGGAAGAUGGGUCCUUCAGGCUUAGCUGGAACUAAAGGAGCUCCUGGAGAUGUGUUUGGUGCUGAGAGUGGAGCCCAGGGAGAGCGUGGCCAACCUGGACUCCAAGGUGAUAAAGGGCUUGCAGGUGAUAUUGGAUUUCCAGGACCAAAAGGGCUGGAUGGGAGACCAGGCUUCCUAGGUAUUAAAGGCGAACUGGGUAAUCCAGGCUAUUCCGGUGUCCCUGGGUUGCGAGGACCUCCUGGCCCUGGAGGUCCUUUUGGCAUUAAGGGGAAACCAGGACCGUUGGGAUUGGUUGGCCUGGCAGGAGCUCCAGGCUGUCAAGGACUUCCUGGAGUCAAAGGAUUGACUGGGGAUGUAGGUCCUCAAGGCCCUGCUGGAAUGAAAGGCUUCCCAGGUCUUGAUGGUGCUCCAGGAUCUCCUGGGGAAAGAGGAUUCUUGGGGCCACCUGGGCCGGUUGGUCACGACGGACGUCCAGGUUUCUCUGGGCCAAAAGGCGAGAAGGGAUCUUCUGGCCUGCUUGGUUUCCCUGGCAUGCCAGGCCUGCCUGGUGUCCCUGGGGUGAAUGGGUUUAAAGGAGCUCCUGGUGCAACUGGAGGAAAAGGAAGCCCUGGAGUUCUGGGACUGCAAGGUCAAAAAGGUGACAGAGGCGAUGUAGGUCCACCUGGUCUUCCUGUUCUUGGGCCUCCAGAACAGGCACUGCAAUUCAAAGGAGACAAAGGAGAUCCUGGAUUAGCUGGACUUGGAGGAUUCCCAGGACCUAGAGGUGAUAAAGGAAUCCCAGGAAGCAGUGGACAGCCAGGUCUCCCUGGACCUGCUGGGUCAGCAAACAGAGAGAGAGGUUUUCAUGGUGAGCCAGGCUUCCCUGGUCCAUCUGGACAGCCUGGGCUGCCAGGACAGAAGGGUGCACGUGGCAUCAUAGGAUUUCCAGGAAUGCCAGGAGAGAGGGGUUCAGAUGGUAUCACAGGACCUAUUGGAUUCCCAGGACCUAUUGGCCUCCCUGGUCCAAAGGGUGACCAGGGAGAGUCUCUUGGCGUUCCUGGCAGUGCUGGAGUGAAAGGAGGGCGAGGGGGCCCGGGCUUCCCAGGGGAGAGAGGGAGAGAAGGGCUCAAGGGUGAACCAGGCUACCCAGGAAGCACUGGAGUGAAUGGACUCAAAGGUGGCCCAGGGGAUGUUGGCCAAGAAGGACCAGCAGGAAUUCCUGGAAAUGCUGGGCUGAGAGGAAUCCCUGGGCAACCAGGGCCUCCAGGGCAGCCGGGAUCUGUCGGAUUCCCUGGAGCUCGUGGAACAGCAGGACCCAAAGGGUUUCAUGGAUUUCCGGGUUUAAAUGGUCUGAAUGGCUUGCCAGGCACAAAAGGGUCUCCUGGAACGCCAGGUCUGAGUGAAGUUGGACUGAAAGGCCCUGCAGGUCUCCCAGGUGUGAAGGGUGAAGAAGGUUCUCCAGGCUUGGGUAGAGGUGCCCUAGGAUUUCCGGGACCAAAAGGCUCAUCAGGAGACAUGGGUCCCCCGGGUCCUGUGGGACUGCCAGGCUUGCCAGGAACUCCUGGAGUUUCUCUUCCUUCUGAUAUACGUGGGAGGCCUGGGGAUGCUGGCCAUCCAGGACUUGAUGGGAGUUCAGGUCUUCCAGGUCCUCCAGGACCACGAGGGCCCCCUGGCCCAGCUUCUGACCAAGGUGACACAGGCAACCCAGGUUUCCCUGGUGUGCUUGGCUUGCGAGGCAUUAAGGGCGACGUGGGACCCACUGGUCCAAUCGGGCUCCCUGGAGUGUCUGGAUUCAAAGGUGUAAGAGGUGAGCCUGGACUAAUGGGGAUGCCAGGUAAAGAUGGGCCUCCAGGGGAUCCUGGUUACCCUGGCCUGAAAGGUGAAAUGGGCCAUCGAGGUCUCCCUGGCCAACCAGGGGCUCCAGGUAUAACCCCACAGCCAGAAGAAAUCACAGCCCCUGCAGGCUUACCUGGUCUGCCAGGGAUUGAUGGUGUGCCUGGCUUUGAUGGAGAUCCUGGGUUCCAAGGCCCGGUUGGAAAACCAGGUACAAAAGGUCUGCCAGGCAGAUCUGGUUUGAAAGGACGUGAUGGCUUACCUGGAUCGCCUGGCACCGUUGGGGAUCCAGGACCUGUGGGUACCCCAGGACCACAGGGAUUUGAAGGUGUCGCUGGAAAGCCAGGCUCGCUUGGUUUGCCGGGAAUGCCGGGUCGGAGCGUGGGCGUUGGGUACACCUUAGUGAAGCACAGCCAGUCAGACCAAAUCCCACCUUGCCCCAUAGGAAUGAACAAGCUCUGGGAUGGCUACAGCUUACUGUAUGUGGAGGGGCAGGAAAAAUCACACCACCAGGAUCUUGGUUUUGCUGGCUCCUGUUUGCCUCGCUUCAGCACCAUGCCUUUUAUUUACUGCAACAUCAACGAAGUGUGCUACUACGCCAGCCGAAACGACAAGUCCUACUGGCUCUCCACCACUGCUCCCAUCCCCAUGAUGCCAGUGGACAGCACGCAGAUCCCCCAGUACAUCAGCCGCUGCUCAGUCUGCGAAGCGCCCUCCCAGGCUGUGGCCGUGCACAGCCAGGAUAUCACCAUCCCCCAGUGUCCCCUCGGUUGGCGCAGCCUCUGGAUAGGAUACUCCUUCCUCAUGCACACAGCUGCUGGUGCAGAAGGUGGAGGUCAGUCCCUCGUCUCACCUGGUUCUUGCCUGGAGGAUUUUCGUGCUACUCCAUUCAUUGAAUGCAACGGUGCCAGGGGGACGUGCCAUUACUUUGCAAACAAAUACAGCUUCUGGCUCACGACCGUCGAACAGUCACAGCAGUUUGUCAGUGCCCCUCCCUCAGAAACCCUGAAAGCAGGACAGCUUCGAACAAGGGUCAGCCGCUGCCAGGUGUGCAUGAAGAAUUUGUAA